CCCGCCCUCGCCGCCGCCCGGCCUCGCUCGCCCAACCCCGCUGACUGCAAGCCGGCCCCAGGCCGCCUCGCCGCCGCCCGGCCUCGCUGCGCGCCACCAUGGACAGUCCCGUUUUCCCCUGGUAAAGAUGGCGGUGCGCGAUCGCUGCAACCUUUAGACUAAUGACUGUCCGAAACAUCGCCUCCAUCUGUAAUAUGGGCACCAAUGCCUCUGCUCUGGAAAAAGACAUUGGUCCAGAGCAGUUUCCUAUCAAUGAACACUACUUCGGAUUGGUCAAUUUUGGAAACACAUGCUACUGUAACUCCGUGCUUCAGGCAUUGUACUUCUGCCGGCCAUUCCGGGAGAAUGUUUUGGCAUACAAGGCCCAGCAAAAGAAGAAGGAAAACCUGCUGACGUGCCUGGCAGACCUUUUCCACAGCAUUGCCACGCAGAAGAAGAAGGUUGGCGUCAUCCCACCAAAGAAGUUCAUUUCAAGGCUGAGGAAGGAGAAUGAUCUCUUUGAUAACUACAUGCAGCAGGAUGCGCAUGAAUUUUUAAAUUAUUUGCUAAACACUAUUGCGGACAUCCUGCAGGAAGAGAAGAAACAGGAAAAACAAAACGGGAAAUUAAAAAAUGGCAACAUGAAUGAACCAGCAGAGAACAAUAAGCCAGAACUCACCUGGGUCCAUGAGAUUUUUCAGGGAACACUCACCAAUGAAACCCGAUGCUUGAACUGUGAAACGGUGAGUAGCAAAGACGAAGAUUUCCUUGACCUCUCUGUUGAUGUGGAACAGAACACCUCCAUCACCCACUGUCUGAGAGACUUCAGCAACACAGAAACGCUGUGUAGCGAACAAAAAUAUUAUUGUGAAACAUGUUGCAGCAAACAGGAGGCCCAGAAGAGGAUGAGGGUAAAAAAGCUGCCCAUGAUUUUGGCUCUGCACCUAAAGAGGUUCAAGUACAUGGAACAGCUCCACAGGUACACCAAGCUGUCCUACCGGGUGGUCUUUCCUCUGGAGCUCCGGCUCUUCAACACUUCCAGCGAUGCCGUGAACCUGGACCGCAUGUAUGACCUGGUCGCUGUGGUUGUUCACUGUGGAAGUGGUCCUAACCGUGGCCAUUACAUCACCAUUGUGAAGAGUCACGGCUUCUGGCUGUUGUUUGACGAUGACAUUGUAGAGAAAAUAGAUGCUCAAGCUAUUGAAGAAUUCUAUGGUCUGACGUCAGAUAUAUCAAAAAAUUCAGAAUCUGGAUAUAUUUUAUUCUAUCAAUCAAGAGAGUAACCUAGUGGAGCGUGGGACUAGUUCAAGCGGGGAAAUCCUCAAAGCACUCUAGCCUUGUUUCUCUUCAGACCUUCCUCUCCCCCAGCGGCCCGCUGAUGUUAUCACUCUGAUGCCCACUGCUCUGGCAGUGUUAAACUUUCUUCCUUUGUGUUUUCACACGCAGCACUACUCCUGGUUCUGUUUCGGUCUGAAGUAGAGUUAACUGCAGUUGGAUUAUAGUCAGAUGUAUAUGAAUAACUGUUGCUAAUUUUAAGAUUGGGGUGAAUGUUAUGCCGCUCGUCAUGUCUGGCUAAACUAUAGUGACAUUUCUUGGAAACGUCACGGUCCAUUUUGAGUGUUUGGUAGACUUCCUGAAUGGUUUCCAGGGUGCCGUUUCCAUGCAUUCCUUUGACACCGCCCUGGAAACGUUGCUCCCCGUUGUUAGCUUGCCUGCCUCCUCCUCUGACGGGAGGGGUGGGUACAUAGAUGUUCAUCCGUUAGGGCUGCAACCAUAGCUUUAAGUUUGUGCAAGUGAAAAUGUUUAAAGGUGAAUGACCUUGAUGCUGAAAUCGUCCUCCACAUUGGAAUAGGGUGAAGAGAGGCUGUCAAUGGUGGCUGGUGUUUGCACUCAACUGUGCUUACCUAGCUGGUAGAAUCCCAGGGGCUAAGACAUUAUGGAGCUCAGGGCAGGCAAAACCAAGAGGAAGAUGUUUUUAUGGAUAGUGAAAAGUUAAUUUGUCUUUCUACCAAAAGCCAAGUUUCAGGAAACUAAUGCAAUGCUGUUCAUUUCUGGUGACCGUUUUCUUUCAUCAGGUCCUGUAGUUGUAUUCUUCUCAUAUUUUUGGCACUGCUAAGCUUUUCAAGCUGUCUUUCCAAUCCUGCUGAUGUUUUGCCAUCAGUGGCAUAAGGGCUGAGACACUAGUUGACUGCCUCUGGUACAUCUCUCUCUAGCCAGUCAACACCAACAUCCUUCUUGGACGAGAAAGAUGAAUCAAAAACUCUGUUCACCUUGACAACCAUCAGCAGAUUGUACAGUUUCUUUUUUUAAACAUAUUCCUUCUGUUUAUGGAGGCGCUGGUGAGUCCCGGGGCUAAAACAAAACUGUCCCUGAAAGGAAUACUGGAGUUAAUGGAGUGUAAGGUGGGUCACAGGAAGUGUUAGGAGGUGGGUGGAAGGGUGAACAAGAUGGCAGCUGUUUCUCUGGCUCAGAUUCCUAGAAUGCUCGACAAGACAUUUUCCCGGAAGAACCUCAUCUCUUUUCCCUUUUGUUUUGUGUGUAUUUAUUAGAGCAUUUGCAUAUUGGUACCUUUUAUUAAAAGGAUUGAUUUGGUGUUUUACUGUUGGGUUGAUUUUGGUUUUCCUACAAAUACUUUGAGUCAUAGAUCUUGGCUUCCUUUGGGACAUCAGUUGACUUCCAUAUACUAUACUAUACUGUGAACGUGUUACGUUGUGGCCUAAUGCAUCAGCAAAUGAACAUGCAGACUCUUGGCGUAAUGUGAACUAAAACUGCAGUUGAAAAUGUCAGUGGCCAUUUUGCAACAAUGAAGAGGAUAGCACUUUAUCUAGGUGAAAACUGGACUUUUUAUUUUCGAACUAUUUUGAACUGUUUGUGACCCAGAACUAAGCAUGCUGACACUUCAUUUGUUCAUGCUUGAAGGGAGAUGCUUCAUUCACUCUUCACUGGAGAAGACGAAACAGGGUUAUUUCAUGUUAUUGUCUUAUGCAAGUGAUGAAAAUGGACCUUGCCUUGGUUAGAGGCAAUGCAUAUUUAUAAAUAUUUUGUCUUUUUUUUCCUCCAUGAAGCAUAUUUAUUAAUCACUUCUCUUGGAGGUGAACCUUCAUUCUUUAAGGAAAGGCCCUAUCCAAAUGAAAGUGAUUGAUAGAGGGAAAUAUUUGUACACAUACAGCCCAUAUAUUUGACUGUGAGUUACAAAGGUUAAGAAAAUGGUUACUGAUUUCUAAUAUAUUUGGAACUGAUCAUAGAACAAAAACUAUUAAAAUUAUCUUUGAAACAACUCUUGAAGUUAAUUUAUUAGACAAAAAUGUUUCAAUUGGAAGCCCAAAUGCUGUUAUAAAGUUCAGCACAUUUUUCUUUUCUUUUCUUUCUCUAUCUUUUUCUCUUUUUUUUUUUUUUUGUGAUAAUGUAAAGUUUCCCCAAUAAUAUAACCAAAGUCACUGCUUUUAAUAGAGAAAGUAAGUUAAAAUUCAGUAUUCAUGAAAAGGUCUUUGGAACAGAAAGAGAUAAGCGUGGAGAUUAUGAUACUGACUUUCAGUUGGUUGUAUGGUACAGGGAAGGAAGUUGGAGAAGACCAAACAUGAAUCUCCAUCAACACUCCAUCCUUUUUCAAAUGCUGGACUCUCUGGUAACUACUUACCUCUUUUUCAGUAAAGAAAACACGAGGCAGCUCUGUUCCACCCCCAUCAUUUUUCUUUUCAUAGAGAAAUCAUGUUCUAACUUGCCGUCCCUUGUUCCUAGCGUAAAGCAGGGAAUGACAGUGGCGGUGAAGACCAAUCUAAGGUCACAGUGAUAGCACAGAGACCCAGCAGCAGGCCCCCACAUGGGGGCUUGUGCGUCCUUUCUCCAGCAGGAGCGGGUAAGCCUGCUGCAUUUCUCUUAGUUUCUGUAAAAGCUGGGUAAAAAGAAAUUUAAGUGUCUUUCAAAAGACUUUAAAACUUUUUUUUUUACAAAAAUGAAAUGUUUGUUUUGUUGGUUAUUUGCUAGUUUAACAUCUAGAUUAGGGUACAGUAGGCUAAAUCUUUUGUUUCAAAGCAAACUCUAGUAAAAUGGUGAUGUGUAUAGUCCUGUUACAUUGAUGCAUUUUUUUUUUCCAUUCCCAGGCAUCAUCAGGUAGACUGGCUGGAAGAGAGCCAGGAAUAAUACAGUCAGGGUGUCAGUCUGAAUAGGAAGCCAUUCCCAUGUGGUUUUAUGUCCUGGUUAUAUUCUGGACUUACCAUAAAAUGGAAAAUGACAGAAACAGUCCCUGUACAUUUGUCUUCAUGGGUACCCUUAAUCUCAUGGGCAUGCCUAACUCGAAAGUCUGUUGUAACUGGCGCUUAAGGCUUAUUUUAGAUACUGGAGUGUAGCUUUAUUAUGGAUGGAUUUUAUCUCUUAAACAUUUCAUUUUGAUCAACUUUGUAUAUUCAUGUGUAUUAAAAUAUCGUGCACUAAAUGUUUCCCCCUGGUUUGCUGUUCUCUGGUCAAGGCAUUUGCCAGUACCGUGUGAUUAGCUCAUGCUAAUGGCAUGGGCCAAAGAAAAUUAUUGCCUAUUUUUCUGCCUAAUUAAAUUUCUGUUUUCUAGUAUUACAUUAA